AUGCUUCAUUUCUGUGUUAUUCAAUUAUUUCUACUUUUGUUGUUGUCACCAAUAUGGUAUUACAGGUUACAAGUUAAAGAGAUGUUUAUGCACGGGUAUAAUUCAUAUAUGAAAUUUGCUUAUCCUCAUGAUGAAUUGAUGCCUUUAUCAUGUAAAGGACGGGAACGAGGUGUUACACCUCCUCGGGGAGAUGUCGAUGACGCUUUAGGAAAUUUUUCUCUAACUCUCGUUGAUUCUUUGGAUUCGUUAGUUAUUCUGGAUGAGCUGGAUGAAUUUGAAAAGUCUGUUGAGUUAAUUGUGAAAAAUGUUCAAUUCGAUUCUAAUCUGGUUGUAUCAGUCUUUGAAACUAAUAUUAGAAUGGUUGGAGGACUCAUAUCUGGCCAUGUUAUGGCUAAAUUGGUGCAGUCACGAGAUGAAAAUCGCUUGGUGUGGUACAAAGACGAACUACUUCAGAUGGCCUCCAAAUUAGCAGAUAAGCUGAUUCCUGCUUUUAAUACUACUAGUGGUAUUCCUUAUUCGAGAAUAAAUCUCAAGUAUGGAAUGUUAAAUUAUCUUCGACUCCAACAUGACACAUGUACAGCUUGUGGUGGAACGAUGAUCCUUGAAUUUGCUGCGUUAAGCCGACUAACGGGUAAUCCAGUAUACGAGGAAAAAGCUCGAAAAGCAAUGGAUUUUCUUUGGGCUCAAAGACAUCGCAGCAGUGAUUUAAUGGGAACGGUUCUAAAUGUACAUUCCGGAGACUGGAUAAGGAGAGAUGCGGGUAUCGGUGCUGGAAUUGAUUCAUACUAUGAGUAUUGUUUGAAAGCAUACAUAUUGUUGGGUGAUGAAGGAUAUUUAUAUCGCUUUAAUAAGCACUAUGAUGCCAUAAUGAAGUACAUCAACAAAGGUCCUUUAUUUAUUGAUGUCCAUAUGCAUAAACCUACAGUUGCUGCCAAAACGUAUAUGGAUUCCUUGCUAGCAUUUUGGCCUGGUAUUCAAGUUUUGAAGGGUGAUCUGAAAGCAGCUAUCGAAUUCCAUGAGAUAUUAUAUCAAGUAAUCAAGAGACAUAAAUUUUUACCUGAAGCGUUUACACACGAUUUGCAAGUGCAUUGGGCUCAACAUCCUAUUCGACCUGAAUUCAUUGAAAGCACAUAUUUAUUAUACAGGGCGACAAAGGAUGAGCAUUAUUUGAGAGUAGCCAAAAAUAUUGUGGAUAGUAUGAAUAAAUAUUUAAGAGUGGAAUGUGGAUAUGCUGCAGUUAAAGAUAUUCGAUCUAUGACGCAUGAAGAUAGAAUGGAUUCUUUUGUGCUUUCCGAGACAUUCAAGUACUUGUAUAUGAUCUUCACAGAUUCAUCAGACUUAUAUGUUGAUGUGGAUAACUAUAUUCUAACUACGGAGGCUCAUUUCAUCCCGCUUUCAAUUGGUGAUCUAGAUAAUAACGAGAAGUUCCCACGGCGUUUGAUUAUUGAUCCGGAUGAAAUCAUUGAAAGUGAACUGACUGAAAAAUUCCGUUCAGCAUGUCCAAUUGUUACCAAGGCCGAAAAUUUUGAAAAUUUACCAGCUUAUGCAGAAGAGAUACGCCAUAGUGUACAGGAUGUAGUUAAGGAGCUGACAAGAACUGUAGAAAAGUCCAAUAGCUGCCCAAGAACAACCAAAACUAUAAAUGCACGAUCAUUCAGUGCGACGAAUGCUGAACACAUGCAACAGCUGAGACAGAUGGGAAUCCAAAUGCAGUUUCAACCAGAUGGGCAUAUUUAUCUCAGUCAUUCACCGGAUUCAGGCGAAGCGAACGCAUUCACCACUGAAAUAAACAAAUUAGAAGCUGAGAGUGAUGCAUUGAAUAAUUUUUGUAUCCUGGAUGAUGGUGACACAACAGCAGGGAAAAAUUCAAAGAAUGUGUAUAUUCUACAUCAAUCUCAUGCUGCUCUUACUCAAUUUUUGUCAUUAAUUAUGCUUGUCGUGUUAUUGUGGUUAACUUUUGUAAUUACGGCUGCAGUUUUUGUUUGUAUUAUUGCAUGUGGUUAUCGUUUGCUGCUUGUUAAACGACCACUAUCUGAUCAGAACAGUAAUCCGCAGUGUGUAGAAAAAGUGGAUAAUCGUGAUGAUUGCGACAGUCUCAGUAAUUCCACUGAUGAUAGUCAUAUCGAUGAUAAUAGUAUUGAUGAUUACUUACAGGCAAUUUCUCCAGAAUGGGCUAUUCUUGGGAGUGAAUUCAUCCAAGAAAUGAUUGCAAUAACAAAUUCAGGAAAACUUGGUUUGUUUCGAUUUGGAACAUGGGUGUUAACUGAUUGCCUUAGUUUUUUUCUUUUUCUAGGAUUCAGUGGUGAACAAAUUGUGCAAAUAAUAUCACAGCCUAUAUUUGGUACUCUUCAUUGGCGAGCUGCCCCGGCUCACUUUGGUGAUGAUCUUAAACGCAAGCCAGUUAUUGCGGGAGUACAAAUUGCAGUACCUUUCCGGGCCUGUGCACCUUUAACAAAUGCACCAACGAUGAAAGGUCGUAUUGCCGUUGUUCAACGACAUGACUGCAUGUUUCAAGAAAAAGCACGUUACGCCCAACAAAGCGGUGCUGUUGGAAUUAUCAUCAUUGACAAUACUCUCGGCUCAAGUAUUGAUGAAUUUCCACCAUUUGCAAUGUCCGGUGAUCAGAGCAUGGAGGAUGACAUUUUUAUACCUGCUGUUUUCUUGCAUAACAAAGAGGGUCUUGUUUUUAUGGAACAAAUAAUGCGAUAUCCCAAUUCCCUUAUUCGUUUGUCUAAUCGACUUUCAAAUCCAUUUUACUUGUUUGAAGACUUUGUACUUCAUGGUGCUAUGAGAUAUACGUUAGAUAAUUUGGAAAAGAAUUUAGAGCAGAUUGAUCAGUCAAACGCUGUAAUUGUGAUCGACAGUUCUUUACCCGCUGUAGUUCUUAAUUUUCGAUUCUCUGAAGUCAGUAUAGAGAGUGAUAUCAAGCAGAGGCAAAAAGUAGUGGAGAAAAACAUUGAAGAAAUGCAGAAGUUGUAUAGCUUUGCAGCAGAAUUUGAUACGUUUCAAUUUUACAAUGUUAUACGGCAAAUAAGUUAUUGGCAACUUGGCUUAAACUUGAAACCAACCGAAGCUGAAUUUAACAGAUUUUUCGUGCUAUUACGAACAGUAGUGAGAAAACAGCAAAUCAUGGAAGAACCUACCAGUUUAUCAGGAACCAUUACUACUGUUAGCUGUCGAUUCUGGGACGAGCACUUUGACUGUCAACGAAUUAGAUGA